GCAGCGCCGGCUCCCUCAGCCGCGUCCCGCUCCCUCCGCAGCGCCGGCUCCCUCCAUGGCUGCGCGACGCGAGAUUGGCUCCCCUUCCCUUGCACACCCUGCCCUGAGAUCGCGCAGACCCGCCAAAUCGAGGAAUCCGCGCCCCAAAUCGAGGAAUCCGCCUCCGCUGUGGAAGGAGAUCGCCUCCGGCCCUCCGCUGCGCCCCAACUCUCGGUCGGCAUCAUCGUCCGCGUUCGCUGCGCCCUGGCUCUCGGUCCUUCACGCGCGCGCCCUUGACCCCCGCCACCGCGCCCCCAUCCGCCACCGCGCCCCACCCCGCGCGAUCCCUACCCCUAGCCCCCGCUCGACGCGCCUUCGUCAAUCCCGUCUAGGAGCAGCUGGCGGCCGACACUACUCGCUUCGAUCGACGUGCAGUCCUUCAACGUCGAUCUGUUGUACGAGCCGUGGGAGGUCCUCGACGAAGACCGUCGCCCCUUCACCAUGUUCGCACCGCUGCUGCCGCCCCUUCACCAUGUUCUGGAACAGGUGCCUGUGCAUGCCGGACCCCGCCGCACCACUGCUGCCGCCCAAGAGGAUCAAUUCAGGUGACCUGUCCAGGUGCCCGUGGGACGAGCUGGUCUUUGAGGACGAGUCCGAGAGGGGCAGCAACGCGCUGCUCGCGCGGGCGUGGUCACCAGGGUGGCAGAACGCCGACAAGGCGCUGACGGCCUUCCUCAACGGCCCGCUGAUGGACCACUCCGUGAACCGCAAGAAGGCCGACAGCGCCAGCACGUCGCUGCUGUCCCCGUACCUGCACUUCGGCGAGCUCAGCGUCCGGAAGGUCUUCCACCAGGUCCGGAUGAAGCGCCUCAUGUGGAGCAACGACGACAACCACGCCGGCGAGGAGAGCUGCACCCUGUUCCUCUGCUCCAUCGGCCUGCGGGAGUACUUGAGGUACCUCACCUUCAACCACCCCUAUAGCCACGAGAAGCCCCUCCUGUCGCACCUCAGGUUCUUCCCCUGGGUCGUCAAUGAGGUGUACAUAAUUAAAGUGCUGGAAAACUCAGACUGGAUUUACAUCAUGCCUUGGGGACUGUACAAGGCUGUCACCUACGUCAAGGAGAAGUAUGACAAGCAUUUUCUAUGUGAUAUGCUGCUCCUGCUUCCUGGAGGCAGGGGUGUUUUCACCUGCCAACAAAAAAGUAGUGUCAUCACUUAUACAGUCAAAUUUCUUAAUGAAUACUUCUUCAGGUACAGGGAUGACCGGAAUGCAGCAGAAAUUUUCAGAGCUAAUGGUGAUAUAAUUGGACUUAAAUCACACUGUAAUAGUCAGGAGGAACCGACUAUGAUUGAAUCCUACAAUAACAAGAGAACAGUUGGUUGA